AUGGCGCAACCGCCGUCGUUGGCGUCCGCCACGGAUACCGCCGGGGACACUGGUGUGUAUUUGGGCAACCGCGACAUGCGAUUUGCCCAGUGUAGUGCGCCGCCCUUGCAGAUGGCGCACGACAGUAGGGCUGAGUUUCAUGAUCGGUGCGCCACACCAGCCGCUUCUGGCGCCCCAUCGCGGCGGCCGCCACCAGAAACGCCCAAGGCGCUCCUCCGCAACUACUACGACUUGGAGCCGUACGCGCUUCAGGGUCUUGCCGGCGGCGCCCACGGGUGGAAACGCGUGUUUGGGCUGCUGAAGCCCGAGAUGCGCAGGCGCAGCGCGAGGGACGAGGCGUGCGCUGAGGGCGGAGGUACAGCCGCUGCUGGCUUACCGGACUGCCGCGCGCCGGGUUCACUGACGCGCACGUACGAUGGCUCCAGCGUUACCACCAUCGAGAACGCGGUGCGACUGCGGGAGAGCCCCGGCGCGAUUGCGCCGGCCGCCGCAGUCGCCGCGACGAGGUCACCGACGCGGAGCGCGUCUGCGGCAGCGAGCACGUAUCGCAGCGGCGUCGUAAAAAGAGAGGUCUCGGUGGACAGCAGCGUGUCGGGGCAGCCGGCGGCGAUGGGGAAGCCGUGCACGUCGCGGUGGUACGGCGACGACCAGAAGCCCUUUUCCGUGGCCUCAGCCCCCUCCCCCACAGCGAGCACGCCCACGCAGCGGCUGCAGCCACCACGGCUCUCCGUCUCGCCGGUUGCCGGGGCGCCAUCGCCGCCGAGUCGCUUCCUCAGCUCCUUCUUUUUCCCUGUGCUACAGCACCUCAGCUUCUGCGUGAGCCGAAGUGUAGUCAGCGGCUCCGGAAACGGCACCACGACUGGUGAGGCAACCUCCGGGACGGCCGGGAGCGGCGUGCACACGGCGUCUACCACCAACACUUUCGCUACUUCAGCUGCGUUGGCGGUGGCGCAGCGCAAUCUGCAGCGAGAUAUCUCCAUCUUGGUGGCCACGACCGCUUCAGUUCGGCUGGGGGCCCCCGCGUCUCCGUCCUUCCCGGGCACCCAUGUCCACACAGCGCGCUGCUCCGCCGUGUCGUCGGUGGCUGUAUCUCCGCGGGCCGGCGCUACAGGGUCGUGCAAAUCGCAACAGCAGCACGAUGGGGUGACGGCAGCGGCGUCCUGCUCGUCGUUCGCCGCGCUGCACGCAAGCAACAGCCCCAGCAGCGGGCAGUGGAGAAAAGGUGUGGCUGUGGAGGACGAGGAUGGGGCGGUGCAGCACGUCGUGGGGUCUCGUGCGUGCGUCAUGUCGGGGGAGGAUAAGCAACAACCGGGCAUGCGCGGCAACCUUCGCCGUCAGAGCUUGGACGCCUGCCGUGAAACGCCCGCCAGCUCGCAGAACAGAGACCUCAGUGCCGCGUCGAGCGGUGCGGGUCCGUGCAAGCAGAGUACAUGGGAGUCUGCGCAGGGGCGAAAGACGCCGCCGCACCCCGCCCCCUGCGUAGCGGCAACCGCGGCUGGCACCACGGCCGACAGCGGCGCAUUACCGGCGUCACGCGAGGCGUCCUCCACGGAGGCACCGAACGCUGCAGGCACCGAGUCGGCAGGCGAGCCUGCUUCUCCCUCGACCAUGGCUCACCGCUGCACCAUCGCCGAACAGCUGGCCGUGUUGACGAGUCGUCGAGAGCAGCAACAUCGCUAUACCCAGCAGCUGCAGGCGAGCAGGAGGAUGGCCGGGCUCGGCGCCGGCGCCGAGAAUGCGCUGGCGUCUCCUCUGGCCACCCCAUCGUCCCCUGCCGACGAGGGCGUUGGUGCGGCGUCGAAGGCCAUGGAUUUCUCCAUUGCGGAGCUCAGCAGGAAAACCAACGGUAUGCACAGCCCAUUCGCCUGGGCUUCGCAGUACUACACGGACACGGCGUCAGGGGUAUUCUACUCCUCCGUGCUGCAGCCGCACCACUACGAGAACCACGUCUACUCCGACGUCACGACGGAGGUACAGCAGUGCAGGCGAAGGCGUCAGCGGGACUGUGCGCCGAGUCUUGGCACGGGACCCACCGCUGCCUCGAAGGCGGGCGCAGAGGACGAGGAUGUGGGGCAUGAGACGCACACAACCACGUCGAUGGCGACAGCAGCGGGCGCAGCAACAGCUGCGGCUACAAGCCGCUCUAUGGAGCGGCCGCCGGCCGAGCCAAGUCUCACGGCUGGCGUCCAGCCAGCCGCAGCUCGCAAGGUCUCUGUGUCGGCAGGUGCCGCCGUUCUGACAUCCGUUGUGGGCAACGUAGCCCCGCUGAGCCAUUCAAAACCGGCGCAGCCCUCGAACGAGCGCCGCGUUGAUGACUUGACCGUGAAGCACCAGGAUGAUGGCUCGGCUUCGUACAUCAUCUCCCUCACUUACCACGACAGCGAAGCCGGCACCUCGCGCACGGUGAACACGAGCGCGCUGCCGCCGCUGCGCCGCUGUGACGCCGGCGCGUCAAUCCCGGGCCUCUCGUCUCUCUCAGGUGGCACAACCGUGCGUGCUGCCGCCCGCACGACACGCCCAACCGCGACGGCGACGCUAGCUGCGAGUGCCUCUGGUGCCGCGUCACCGGCGCACUCGCGCAGCGUCAGUAGUGGUGAGGCCGCUCACGCCUUCGCCGCAAGCUUUCCGCCUGCACGUCCCGCCACUGCCCCCACAACGGGGAAGCCACUGCUUCACUCGCAGCCGCAUCAAUCAUCUGAUGCAGAGGUCAACGAAAACGCGUCGACGACGCUUGGUCUCGCGCAGGUGACGAGGACAGGCGGCGGGCGACGGAGGCCGGCGCCGCGCAGGAGCAUUAGCGUUGGCGGUAGCCUCAAGUAUUGUCGCUCCCCGGCCGCGGAGGCGACAGCAGCUGGCUCAGCGAGCGUUAGCCCCUCGCGCGACGCGGCGGCGGCGGCGACGACCACCACCACUGGUAAGAUAAACCCAUUUGCUGCGCCGUUGCCGCCUACCGAGCCGCCGCAUGGCCCCCGGCUGCGGGGUGUGGCGGGGCGCAACGGCGAGAUGGCGAUUGGCGCCUUCCUCGGUGGUGGCGCCUGCGGCAAGGUGUACGAGUGCCUGAACACGGAGACUGGGCAGGUGCUGGCCGCGAAGCAGAUUGUCUUCGACGCGAAGGACCGGAAGCUGCGAGCGCGGCUGAGGCAGCUGGAGCUGGAGCUGGAGGUGUUGACGCUUGCGGCGCGUCACCACGUACGGUGGAUUGUGGGCUUCUUCGGUGCUGAGAAGCGUGGCCAUUCAGUUCUCAUGUACCUCGAGUACUGCCAGCACGGCUCCUUGCUGGACUACAUGGUGGAAGGCAACAGUACCGAUGCUGCUGCGUGGAACACAAGCAGUGCCCUGGAUAAUGCUACCCCGCAACCGUCGACUGCCCCUGCCGGCCGUAGCGCAGGCGGUCACUUCGACGUAAAUGGCGGCCCACCAGUCGCUGCGGUGGAGGCGUGGCGACAGCACACCGAGAGCGUGAGCGCAGACGCCAACUGCCCGAGUACGGGCUCCCCGCUUCUGGCGCUGCGCGAGGUGCGUGAGAGCCACACCGAGUCCGCUGCCGCACCAAACGUAAAUUCCCUAAAACAGCGGCGGCAGCAGACCGCGGAUGAAGGCCCCGCUGCGGCGCGGCAUGUUCAGAGGGCGGGUGCAGCCGCAGGCCACACCUCUCCGCAAGUCCGCACGCGCCGGGAGGAGAGCGUCGAGGAUGAGGAGUACGCUGCGCGCCGCGGAGGGGACCGCCCCUCUGCCGCCGCCGCUUCCGUCUCCUCGGCAGCCAGCUCCGUUGCCUUAUCGAGCUCCGCGUUGGACAUGAUGCCGCUGAGCGAGGCGCUACACCCGCAGACGCCGUCCUUGUCUAUUGAGCAGGCGCAGUGCUUCACGAAACAAAUCGUCGAGGGCCUUUGCUUCCUGCAUCAGCACAACUACGCCCACCUCGAUGUGAAGACGGCGAACGUACUCGUCGCGGCAGACGACGAGUGCCGCUUGGCGGACCUCGGGUGCGCUAUGCGCCUCCAGCCACCGCCACCGGCGUCGGCGUGGCAGCAGCAACAGGGACUGGCAGGGAUGGAUAAGGCGGUGAGGGGAGGCGCCAACGGCGACCUCGACGAUGCCUUGUCGCCGCCCCCUUAUCCAGUUUUGGUUGACCGAGACGCCAUCACCGAACUUCGUGGCACAGCCCUUUACAUGGCGCCAGAGAUGAUCCGGUUCGAGAGCCAUGCCAUCGGCAGUCCUGCCGACGUGUGGUCGCUGGGGUGCGUCGUGAUGGAGAUGACGACCGGCUGCGCCCCGUGGCGGCACAUUGCGACGGACAAGCUGCGAGUGCUGUACCGAAUCGGCUCAGCACGCGAUGAGCUGCCGUUGCCGCCGCUCAUAACCGCGUGGGCGGAGAAGGCCAGGGAGUGGUUGGUGCAGGAAGGCCUGUCGGCAACGGCUGAUGCUGAGCAGCAGCAGGAUGAGGUGGCAGCGUGCGCGAUGGAGACGGGCGGCGCUGCUCAAGCACCUCGCAGCCGCUCAGCGUCGAACAAGGACCGUGAAGUCUGCGGCGUUGGCCGCGACAGCGAUGUUGUCGGUGGCGACCUUGACAACGCGGUUUCGGACACGCUUGAUGAGCCCUGCUCACAGCGCCGGCGCGUUGACCACGGCACGUAUGGUGACGAUGGCAGCUGCGUCGCGGAGUCGGCGGUGGAUCGUGCUGGCAAGCAUGGGCCUCCGCCUUUCAGUGUGGUGGACACGAGCUGCAGCGGCUGCGAAGUCACUGCCACGCUGCGCUCCUCGUCGACCUUGACCGCGGAGAUGCCCGGUUCAGUGCGUACCCCUGGCACUAGCACUCGCGGUGGCACGUCAUCCUCGUCUUUCGCGCGUGCCGCCUCUGCGACGGCCACGGGUCUGCUGCUCGGCGGAUCGAACGCCGCUGACGCGGAGCGCCUCUUGCGCGAACAGCGCCACGCCAUGCGUCUCUACGUGGCGCUGCAGGAUUUCGUUGCGGUGUGCGUGAGGGUGCGACCAGAGGACCGCAGCAGCGCGGUGGAGCUUCUCCGUCAUCCCUUCCUGACUCUCUGCAGGGAUGAUGUCUAG